CCGGUGCAGUGGGACGGGUCGGUGCGCGGCGGCGGUGUCUCCUCUCCUGCCUCCCGUCCUCUUGCCUCCCGUUCCUCCGCCGCGGCAGCAGGUGGGGCCGGCAGCGGGUGCAGGACUGCAGAGUAGCUCUCAAGCCAUCCAGACCGCUGUGGGGCUCGAGGGCACCGUGCUGUCCCUGCCCUCUGGGGUGACUGCCAGCCGCAAAGCUGCUGUCCACGUGGACUGGGGCCGAAGUCUCUCGCCCGGCUGCUGCCAGAGCCUCGCCAGCCAAACCCAGAGACAUGGCGACAAACGGGACCAAAGUGGCAGAUGGACAGAUCUCCACGGAAGUCGAUGCUUCCAUCACCAAUGACAAGCCUAAAACCUUGGUAGUAAAAGUGCAGAAGAAGAAGACGGAUCUUCCAGACCGAGACACUUGGAAAGGAAAAUUUGACUUUCUUAUGUCCUGUGUAGGUUAUGCCAUUGGCUUAGGGAACGUGUGGCGGUUUCCAUACCUUUGUGGCAAGAAUGGUGGAGGUGCAUUCCUGAUUCCCUAUUUCCUUACUUUAAUUUUUGCUGGAGUGCCACUGUUUCUUUUGGAGUGUUCCCUUGGUCAGUAUACAUCCAUAGGAGGCCUUGGAGUGUGGAAGCUUGCUCCCAUGUUCAAAGGUGUGGGACUAGCUGCUGCAGUCCUUUCCUUUUGGCUAAAUAUUUACUACAUUGUGAUUAUUUCGUGGGCCAUAUACUACCUGUAUAAUUCCUUCACCACUACUCUUCCUUGGAAACACUGUGAGAACCCCUGGAACACUGACCGCUGCUUCUCCAACUACACCUUAGCAAAUACCACCAAUAUGACAAGUGCCGUGGUGGAGUUCUGGGAACGCAACAUGCACCAAAUGACGGAUGGAUUGGAAAAGCCAGGACAAAUCCGAUGGCCACUAGCAAUUACUCUAGCAAUUGCCUGGAUUCUAGUGUAUUUUUGUAUCUGGAAGGGGGUAGGCUGGACUGGAAAGGUGGUAUAUUUCUCUGCUACUUAUCCCUAUGUUAUGCUGCUUAUCUUGUUCUUCCGUGGUGUAACACUGCCUGGAGCAAAGGAAGGCAUUUUAUUCUACAUAACUCCUAACUUCAGUAAGCUUUCAGACUCUGAGGUUUGGCUGGAUGCUGCCACACAGAUUUUCUUCUCCUACGGUUUGGGUCUUGGCUCACUGAUUGCCCUUGGAAGCUACAACCCUUUCCACAACAACGUUUACAGGGACUCCAUCAUAGUGUGCUGCAUAAACUCAUGCACAAGCAUGUUUGCUGGCUUUGUCAUCUUCUCCAUUGUUGGAUUCAUGGCUAAUGUCACAAAGAGGCCUAUUGCAGAUGUUGCAGCAUCAGGCCCUGGACUGGCAUUUCUGGCUUAUCCAGAAGCAGUGACGCAGUUACCCAUUUCUCCUCUGUGGGCAAUACUGUUCUUCUCCAUGUUGCUCAUGCUCGGGAUUGACAGUCAGUUCUGCACUGUGGAAGGAUUCAUAACAGCUUUGGUGGAUGAGUUCCCAAAGUUACUGCGGAAUCGGAGAGAAAUCUUCAUUGCUCUUGUGUGCAUUGUUUCCUAUCUGAUAGGGCUGUCCAACAUCACUCAGGGUGGAAUCUACGUGUUUAAGCUUUUUGACUACUACUCUGCCAGUGGAAUGAGUCUCUUGUUCCUUGUAUUCUUUGAGUGCAUCUCAAUAUCCUGGUGCUAUGGUGUUAACAGAUUUUAUGACAACAUUCAAGAGAUGGUGGGAUACAGACCCUGCAUCUGGUGGAAACUCUGCUGGUCAUUUUUCACUCCUAUCAUUGUGGCAGGAGUCUUCCUCUUCAGUGCUGUCCAAAUGACUCCACUCACAAUGGGAAGUUACGUUUUCCCAAAAUGGGGCCAAGGGGUUGGCUGGUUCAUGGCUUUGUCUUCCAUGGUGCUGAUCCCUGGCUAUAUGGCAUACAUGUUUCUAACCCUGAAAGGCUCCUUAAAACAGCGCAUCCAAGUGAUGAUUCAGCCAAGUGAAGACAUCACUCACCCUGAAAAUGGGCCAGACCAGGCCCAGCAGGGCAACUCUGCAAACAAAGAAGCCUACAUCUAAACGUCUCUAUCAUCGAAGCACCAAGACAACUCCAGAAAAACAAAAAAUAUGGUUGAAUAUGACCACAAAUUCAUGUCCGAGAAUAUAAUUACCUACCUCUAGUGGCAAAAAAAAAAAAAAAAAGAAAAAAAAAGGAAAAAAAAAGACAAAAGGUCAUCUCCACCACAAGGGAAUAGCCAUGGGCAUGAUCCACCACUGCGCGAGCUCACACGUCGAGUGUUCUGUGUUCUCUGGCAACCCAUAGACUGUUAAUGUUUUUAUCCUUUCACAAUAAUAGUUGCAUAUCUUGGAAUUUGUAAAUUGAUGUGCCAAGACCUUUUUAAUCUACCUUUUAGCAGGACUAUUUGAAGUUUCGUGCUGCUGAUUUUUAGUAGUUUAUCACUAUUUCUUACCACUCAAUCCCAAGACUGUUAUUUCUGACUUUACAGGAGUAAAAAUUCAGUUUGGAGUUGUUUCGUACAAAAGAAUGAAGUAUUUUGUAAACAAGUGAUUUCCAGUGAAAGUCUGCCCUUAAACUUGGUUCCAGUCAAGGCCAUUUGAAGGGGAAGAGUCUUCCUUCAGUUAACAGCAGACACAUUCCUCUAUACACAUUCCUUUAAGCACUUUCCUAGUGCAGUUGAGUCCCGUGGCUGUUUGGCCGCCCAGCACAACACUGCUCUAAGUGCUACCUGCACUUGUUCUUUCAGGACACCUUUUGAAUAAGAUUAUAAAUGUCUUUUAAAAUCCAUACACUGUUUCUGAUGAAAAAGAGCAUGUCUUUGUGAAUCAAUGUGACACAAGCCGCAGAUGCUAGAGGCAAAAAUAUGUCUUUUUUAGCAAUAUAAGAAAUAAUAUCCAAGAGCUCUUAAAGAUUCCCAGGAGUAAAAGAAAUACCAAGUACUUGCAACUCGAGCUCAGAGUACUUGAGUUUCUAUCAUGCUGUUACGAUUCUACUAUUAUCGCAUUGCCACCAAAACAGAAACCAAACCAAUGGCCUCAAGAGUGAAGCUCGUCCUUGCAGCUCUAACUUAGGGCUCGCUCCACAACUGGUCUUUUGAAUCUGUUCGAGGACUUUAACAGUUUCUAAUAAGCAAAUUAUGAAAUAUGGCUCGAUAGCACUUUGAAAACAGUUCUAUUUUUAUUUACCUAUUAUUUGUGGUGAUGAAGGUGUGAGGGAAGUUGGUUCCAUGCUACAAGAGUCUGCAGCGUGGGCUCGGUCGGCAUUUGCCACACAGGGAGAAGGGCCGAGGGGUGCUCCCAGUGAAUCCCUGUGUGUUAAACGCCACAGCCAGCCCCGUGUGGUGUUUCUCGUUUGGCAGCUACAUGACAGACACAACGGAUCCUGGAAACUGCAGUAGUUGGUGUUUGAUUGUAAAUGACUGUGACAGAACUGUGCAAUGAAACAUGCUUUUCAGCAGAUUUUUGUGCAACGUACAAUGUUAGAUAGCACAAUUUAUGUAGAACUACUACGUGAAAAACAUGUUAACUGUGAAUGUUGGGUUUUUCGUUGUUUUUGUCUGAAGGUGACAACCAUAUUCUUGCAAUAAGGUAUUAUUCUCAGAAUGUCAAGCACAUCAUUGUAGAAAUACUAUAUAUAUAUAAUACACAUGCAUUUCAAAAGGCAUCAUAAAAUCUCCGAGUAUGUUUGGUAGAUUCUAAACCCUUUCAUACAUAGGUCAACUGUAAAAUACGAUGAGACCUAAGCUACAUCCUAAACAGCUAUAGCUGAAAUGCAAAAGUCCUGUAAGUCAUUGGGAUUUAGAGGAAACCUGUCCAUCCCACACCAACAUCCCAGAUGAUCCAUACACAUCCUAAUUGUGACUUUCAUUAGACUAAGGAUAAAAACUCCAACUUCCUCUUUCUUGUUUAAUGUAACCAAGUCCCAUGUUGUUCUAAGACAAAUGCAGUAUUUAAUGUUUGAUUGUAAACAAUUAUGACCGAUGUUUGACAGACCUGCUCUUUAGCAAAAAGCUGUACAAACGUAUCAUAUAGCACAAACUAGUGUUGUAGAACUACUGUGUGUAAACUGUGAAUAGCUGUAUCUUUUUUGUAGUACUUGCCCUGAAAGAAAAGAUUAUUGUAUGAUCAUGUAAGCUUUUUGCAAUAAGGAAAUAUCUGAACACCAAGCAAAUCUAUCUCUAUAUAAAAAUAUAUAUGUAAUAUAUACAUAUUCAAAAAAUAUAUACAGAGCCUGUUUAAAAGAGUACAGUAUUAUUUAGUAAAUUGCAACCUGUUCUAUGGACCAAAUGUAAAAUAUUUAUAAAUUAAGAUGCAUUUUAAAUGUCUAUAAACGGUGUCAUAAUUAAAGCACGAUUGUUAUGUAAGUUUCCAAGAGUUUAGAGGACAAAGAAUAAAGGUUAUAUUAUACAUUAAA